AUGACGGCCGAGAUGAGCCACACCGCCACGAUAGUGGCCUUGACGCGGCGGGGCGUGCGCUUCAAGUUGUACUCGACCGCCUGCGUCACGGACCAGUAUCGGUCCAGGCUGAUGGCGCACAGGUGCACGAUGGACGAGGAUGUCAGCCGAGGCCAGAGACACCAGGAAGAGGUUCUGCGGGGCACGCAGCGCCCGGCUGGUGAGCACAGCGAUCACCACCAGCACGUUGCCCACCACGGUGAAGACGAUGAGGAAGCCCACCACGGCCGCCAGUCCUGCCACCGCACCCGCGGAGUAUUGGCCCGGGGGCGGCCCCCAAGCAGCGCCCGAGGCGUUGGCGGCCACGCCGCUGCCCCCCUCGCCGGCGCUGCUCGCGUUGGGGCCCGCCGCCGCCGCCGCCGCCAGCGCCGCCGCCAGCGCUGGGGACGCCAUGGCCCUCCCGCGAGCUACGCGGUCCCCCCUGGAGCCGGGGCGCAGCCGUGGCGGCUCGGGUGCCCCGAGGCCCGGGUCAGCGCCUGCAUCGCCACCUGCUCUUCGGCCGCGCCGGCCAGGGACCGCGACGCCCCGCAGCCGGCCCUUGGCCGUGGUGGCUCGGCGGGCGAGCAGCGCGCCAGGGAGCGUGGCUGCCGGGCUCCCCGCAGCUGCCGCGCGCGUAAGUGCAGAGCUGGAGGCUCCCGGAGCGAGCGGCGACGCGGCGGCGGGGGGAUGGGGAAAGUCCCGGGGUCCUUGCGCGGCCCCGCCCUCGCCCCACUCACGGGGAGCGCCCCGGCCGCGAGCCCACGGCGCCGCGGCGCUGGAGCGGGCGUGCCCGAGCGGCCCCGCGGCCCCAGCGCCCUGCCGGGGCGCUGGCUGCUGGCGGCGGCGGCCCGGGCGCUCCGCCUCCCAUCCGGCUGGCUAGGGCUCGGCGCGCCGGGGCGCUGGCCGCCGCUCCCCUGGGCCCCCGAGCCCUCGUGCAGCCUCCGACUCCAACUUUACUUUCCCGGGCAGGGCGCCGGCGCCGCCGCGCGUCCUCCUCCUGCUGCUCCGGCGCGGGCGCCCCCCGCAGUCCGCGCUCGGCCGUGCGGGAGCCGCUGCGCCUGCCUUGCUCGCCGGAGCUGCGCCGCCGCCGCCGCCGCUUUCUCCGCCGCCGCCGCCGCUGCCACCGUGCUCUGGGCGCGAGUGCAGCCGCCCGGGCUCGGCUUCCAACUUGGGCGCUGCUGGAGCAUGACUCAUGACGAUGGUGCCAGUGGAAGCCCUGGGCAGGAUCCCAAGUUGUGCAUUCAUACAUGCUCUGUCACCAGCCGGCCCCUGUCAGGUGCUGAUGCCUCCUCCAGGCAGCCAGUCCGUGGGAGACAGACCUUGGGGAAGAGGCUUGGGUCCCGAGGCCUGGCAUUCCCCGUUCAGAGGAGCAGCAGGACCUUCCCUCCCAGCAGUUCAGAAACGCACCCAGGUGAGCCAGGCAGUUCUCCCUGCAACCACCGAUGGGUGUGGAGGCAUUCCUGCGACUGGGGGAGGAAGGCAGGUCGCCUCUGGGUACUAGGAAAGCGUGCAGGGAGUCUGGGCACCCCCAGUAGUGCCUAGAAAUGCUCCUGGGCCACUUCUCUUUUCUCUGAGCUUCCAUAAUGCUCCAAGAGUCUUAUGUAGGAGACCACUGCUGGCUUAGCACAGAUGCCCACGUGGAUGCCAUAGAACCCCACCAUGCUUGUUAGCCAUGCUGCACCAAGGGGAGUUGUGGGGGUCAAGCCAGGGCCUGGCUGGAAAUCAAACGUUCCAGAUGGCCAGCCUGCCUCAGGAGGGCUGAGCGUCCAGUGCAGCCCCAGGCAUUUAUGACCCUUUGGGAGCAAAUCCUCAAGUGCCCGUGAGAGGUGUGUGACCCAGUGAAGGUAAAGAGCCACCAUGCUUGGACAGAUCCUCCUGGCCGUGGAGACCUAAAAGGGGCCACAGAUCUGGGGAUUUUGCACUUCUCGGGGGGAUCCACACACCUGCAUUCUCCAUCAUCAGCCAGCACCUCGAAGGCCCUUGUCUGCACCAGCUGCCUGCUGCCUAGGACAGAUGGUGCCUCCCUGGGCUGGGUUCAGUGAAUGCGAUCAGUGCCCUGGGGCUCCUCCCCCAGCCUGGGAGUGCGAUUGUUAAGGAAGGCUUCCCGGAGGUGAUGCUUUUGGAGAAUGAAAGAAAGUUACUAGAAAGUGAGAGGCCCUGUGGGCCGUGCCCCCUGGGGUCAGGAGUGGGCUAUGGAUCCAAAGGGAGGUGGUGGCCAUGGGAUGUAGGUGUUGGAAAGUUCCUCCCACAGCAGCGGGCCAGCCAUGUGGGCGUCCUCCAGACGAGGACCGGUUCCUAUCUUGGGAGGAGCACUUUUGGGGGUGUCUGGGGGUAUGGGGACAUCCAGGGCCCUGGCUCCACUCAGUUCUGCCUGUGGUCACAGGCAGGGCAGCCUAGCACGAGGAACUGGGAGGACGCAGAGCCCCUGGGCCCGAGCAGACAGGAAGGGCACUUCCGCUGCCCAGGAAGUGGCUCACCAGGCCAGGCCAGGGGCAUGUGGAAUGCCUGGCCAGCCGAGGGGCCCUGGGGACGCCUCGCUGGCCUUUUGAUCUCAGGCUGAAAAUGUUGCACAGCUGACAACAUGUCCCUGGCAAACCCCAGAGGAGGCAGGAGGAAGUACUCCUGUGGGUCCAGGGCCCAGAGCCUUGGGGGACAAGGGCUGGGCCCCCGAGGAGUCCUUGGGGCCAAGGAGCCCUUGGCCGGGCUUCGGGGCUCACUAAGUGCAGGCCUGCCUGUGUGCACAGGAGGCCCCAGGGAUUGCAGCUGUUUGAAAAGGAGCUGGAGACGCCUCUUACCCCCAGACACUGAAUAAUAGGCUUGACAAACAUCUCCCGAUUAUCCUCUAACAAGUGAAACAGCAAGCUCCUGGAGAGACUGCCUGUCCCCGAGUGUCGGUGGUGGCCAGGUCCUGGUUCGGCACCAAGGAGGAGGGCAGGGAGGGUGUUGUGGGGAGUCAGGCUGCCUCAGUAGAGGGGGUGGGGAGAAGGGGCAUGGGGGAUCUUAGAAGGAAGGCCACAUAGAAGUGGGGCAUUCUGGGGUUGCCAAGCAUACUUGCCCUUCGUCCCCCCUGUGACAAAUAGGGCCCAGCAGGGAAGGGUGGGUCUGGCCAGGGGCUGCCUGGGCCCAACAUUGGGUUCUGGGCCCUGGCUGCUGUGAGAGGGGAACUGCAUGCACGCCUGAUGACUGCACACCUACUGGAUGCAGUGCUCUGCUACACAAGUGGCCUCCGCCCAGGAGGGGAGGUGCUUGUCUCCUUGAACUGCCUCCCUCCACACGGAUGUGCAUGCACACGCACAUGCACACGCACACACAUAUCUGAUGCACACCCCCACCCCCACACCAAGCAUACACAUACCCGUGUGUGCAUGCAUGCAUACAUAUUUUUGUGCACCACACCUGUGCUUACCUACCCACAUACAUGCACAUCCAUGUCAUGUGCAUACACACACCCAUGUACGUCAUACAGUGAAUUCACACAAGCAUCCAUGUGUACACAGUGUGCACAUAGACAUGUAUAUGCAUGCACUGGCAUGCAUGCACACACACGCAUCUGCUCACCCCACCCAUAACAUUCAUACCCAUAUACUCUUGCCACACAUGCACAUGUGCCUGUGGCCUCACUCACCCUCCAGGUCCCAUUGCGGGAAACUCUCCCCAGGUUUCAGGCUGGAGGCCGCCCUGCCUCCUGGGCCAGCUCACCUCCACUCCACUGCACGGCUCUUCAGCCCACUCCCUCCAGGCUGGAGCCCAUUUGCCCUUGCCCACCGUGGACCCUGGGUCUUGGCAUGUGCUGUUCCCCAGGCUGGCAUGCCUUUGCCUCUGUCUACCCCUCAGGCUCUCCUCGUCCUUCAAAACAUUACAGGAGAUUUCUCCCCAGGAGGCCUCCCUGAUCUCCCAGCUGGAUUGGAAGCCCCGCCACUGGCCUCCUGAGUGCCCCCCAGGGAUGGGCCAUCAAACUGUUUCUCUGGGCUGCAGGCUCUUGAGAGCAGGCCGUGUCUCUGUCCCUGUGCCGGGCAGGGCACAGCUCUCCACUCACAGCAGGAGUUCAGACAAAGCAUGGGGUUGGAGGGACAGUGGGCAGUACGGGGGCAAGGUAGGUGCCCUGUGAAAGGCCUGGUAUCCUCCA